UAAAUAUGAAGAUUUUAGGUGUUGUUGCUAUUGCAGCUGUUGUUGGAUUAGCUUUUUAUUCUGUUUCUAAUUAUGUAAGCUCUGAUGUUGAGACUCAAUUCCAAGAGUUCCUUUCAAUGUAUGGAGCUAACUACGGAUCAGUAGAAGAAUAUAACUUCAGACUCAGAGUUUUCUCAGACAACUUGCAGACAAUUGAUAGACUUAGAAUUGAGAAUCCAUUGGCUACCUUCGGAGUCAACAAAUUCGCUGACAGAACCCAAGAAGAGAUGAACGUAAGAAUGGGACUCAUCGUUCCAGCUGGCAAGAAGAUGCUCGGAAGCAUUAACGAGGACAUCACUGCUGAAAGCUCAGACUAUACUUACUUGUAUGAUCAUAUCGAAGAUCAAGGAAGCUGUGGAUCAUGCUGGGCUUUCUCAGCUGCCGCUACCUUUGAAGCCAGAAAAGCUCUUGCUGAAGACUCCAAUAACCCAUCAGUAGAUACUUUCUACUCUGAGCAACAACUUGUUGACUGUGAACCACAAUCAAGCGGAUGUAAUGGAGGUUUGAUGGAUUAUGCCUUCCAAUACUUGACUGAUCAUCACUUCUGUAGUCAUUCUGAAUACCCAUACACUGCUGUCACCGGCUCAUGUAAAAUCAACUCUUGCGAUAAGGGACCAGUCGAUACCGGAUACGCUGAUAUUCCACAAGGAUCAGAAGAUUUCAUGUAUCACAAAUUGCAUGAUGAUGGACCAAUUGCAGUUGCCGUUGACGCAACUUCAUGGUCAUACUACCAAGGAGGAAUCUUGACCUCUUGCUCCACAGCUUUGAAUCACGGAGUUACCCUUGUUGGAUACAACUCUGAUGAGAACUCUGCCACUAUCAGAAACUCUUGGGGUGAAUCAUGGGGAGAAUCAGGACAUAUCAGACUUGCUGCUGGACAAAACAUGUGCGGAAUUGCUACUAUGGCUUCCUUCCCAACCUUUGAAUAAG